UCGCGUCUCAAACAUCACGCAGUACUCGCUUUUACUUCUCCCUUUCCGUACGGUUUCUCUCCACUUGAGAGGCAUGCCUGUCGGUGAAAACGCGUGGUUGUCUCGUAUAAUUCUCGAAACGAUCUGAAUUUUGGUGUUCGAUUCGGAAUUUUUAAUUCCAUUAUAGGAGUAUUAAAUAUCUCAUCAUCAGAGAUUCCUCCACCAGGAUGAAAGGAGGCUUUUUUGGAUUGCGGGGUAAAGAACUGUCUUUUAUUCUCAUUAUAUUUGUGUGCACAACCAUUCUUAUAUGGGCAUGGGAGAAGACACCGAUCCUUACUGCUGUGCUGCCACCUAAAAGUCGAUUAUUGAAGCUUUUUCCAGGAAAUGGGACUGUAAAUGAGAAUUCUGAUGUGUCAACUGCAGCUGGGCCUACUAAGAGCUCUCCUUAUUCAAUAACAACUCCAGUUGAAAACGAAGAGAUAUUUUCAAGUAGAUCAGAAGCAAAAGAAAGACAGAAACAAAUUCUGGUAGCAGAUAAAGAUACAAUUGGUGAAAGCCCGACGGAAGUAGAAAACUCGAGACAAAGUCAAGGAGAAAAAGACUCAAUUGAAAAGGAGCAGGGUGUGGAUUUAGCACCAGAGAUUCAUGCAUAUACAAGUCCCUCGUUGUCGAGACAGGAUGAUAAAAAUUUAACAGCGGUUGCAGAUAAUCAAGAAAAAUCCACCCAUGCAGCAGAAACUGAAGAAAGACAGAAACAAAUUCUAGAAGCAGAUAAGAAUGCAAUCAAUCAAAAUCCUACUGACCCAACAGGUCUAGAACAGGAUAAAAGGCAAUUUAAAGAAGAAAAGAACUCGAGAGAGAAAGAGCUGAAUGUGAAUUUAGCACCAGAGGGUCAUCCAAAUGCAAGUUUCUCUUUGUCGAGUCAAGAUCAUACAAAUUUUACUGCAGUUACAGAUAAUCAAGCUUGUGAUCUUGCAAAAGGAAAGUGGGUUAUAGAUGAUCGGCGGCCUCUGUAUUCUGGUUCUCGUUGUACACGAUGGCUGUCACAGAUGUGGGCUUGUAGGUUGAUGCAGCGCGAGGACUUUUCCUAUGAGAGGCUAAAGUGGCAGCCAAAACAUUGUGAAAUUGAAGAAUUCACAGGACCUGAAUUCUUAAGAAGGAUGCAAGACAAGUCUUUAGCUUUUGUUGGAGAUUCGUUGGGCCGACAACAGUUCCAGUCUCUAAUGUGCAUGAUUACUGGGGGCAAGGAGAGCCCUGAUGUCAAAGAUGUUGGAAAGGAAUAUGGCCUUUCAAAACCUCGUGGUGCUGUUCGCCCUAAUGGUUGGGCAUAUCAUUUUCCAAGCACCAAUACUACUGUCCUCUAUUACUGGUCAGCUUGCCUCUGCGACUUGGAGCCUAUUAAUGCCACAAACCCUGCCACUAAUUAUGCCAUGCAUCUUGAUCGACCUCCAGCAUUUUUACGGCAGUUUCUUCAUAAGUUCCACAUUUUAGUUCUCAAUACUGGGCACCACUGGAACCGAGGUAAGCUUACGGCAAACCGUUGGGUCAUGUAUGUGGGGGGUUUGCCCAAUACUGACAGGAAGAUAGCACAGAUUGGAGGUGCCAAGCAUUUUACAAUUCACAGUAUUGUCAAAUGGGUGGACUCACAGCUCCCUAGCCACCCACAUCUGAAAGCGUUCUAUCGAAGCAUCUCACCUAGACAUUUUGUAAAUGGGGACUGGAACACCGGGGGAAGCUGUGACAAUUCGACUCCUAUGUCUGUGGGAAAGGAAGUAUUACAAGAUGAGUCUAGUGAUCAUAGUGCAUCCAGUGCUGUGAAGGGGACAGGGGUUGAGCUUUUGGACAUAACAGCUCUGUCACAACUGAGAGAUGAGGGUCACAUUUCCCGGUAUAGUAUCACAGCAUCACGAGGGGUACAAGAUUGCUUGCAUUGGUGUCUACCUGGUGUUCCUGACACGUGGAAUGAAAUUCUUUUUGCAAAAUUGAUCCUUCAUCAAUGCACAAGGAAUGGUUCUUACAGUACUUGUUAAAAGCCCUAGCUAACUGCAGCUUCGGUCAAGGUUGUUACCUGAAUACAUAAUAUUUCUGCUAUCAACUGAGAAUACACUGAUGGUGGGCGUCUUUCCACAGCUUCAGGUUUCGGUUUACUUCAUUACAUGAAUUUGUGGCAAAAGUGACAAAGUUACUACGGUUCAUAAGCCCUUCCAUUCUAGUAUCUGGGACAUUGUAUAAACAUUGCUGGUCGACAUUGGAAGAUGGAGCUUGAAAGUUGCUGAAGAAAGACCCUGGUAAAAGCUAUGAGAGAGUUCCUCGGACAAAGGUCAGUGGUGGAUUUGUUUUUGCAUUUCUGCAAUUUGGCGCUACGAAUAGUGUUUAAAACUGGGUGAAGAACCCUUUACAGAGAAAAACAGAAAUAGUGGAAAUCGUUAAUUGAAAUAGAAGCAAGCAUUAUUCAUACCA